AUUAAACUAGAGAUAUAUCAAUUCUGUAUUAAAUUAAUUUUAUUUUUCCGUCACUUUUCUAAUGAUUUUUAAAUAGUUUUCGUGGAGAAUGGGACAAUGUUUUGGGACGGAUUGCUCAAGUUUAUGUCCACGAUGGGCACUUAGAAAGAAUCGGGGUUUCGAUCGAUUUACGAAUUAUGCUCCUCGACCGAAUUCGAGUCGAUAUGGUGACGACCAUUUACUAAAUGAGUAUCAAGACCAACAAGAUGAAAUAGAUUUUUCUGGUGUUGGGAAAAAUAUUUAUAAUCCGGGACCAUCAGAAGUAGUGAUUGAUAUCUCCAAAGACACAAGGUUGGGUGCAGGAGAACAUUUAAAAACAAGUUCCUCAAAUCCCAAUUAUUCAUCAGUCUCAAAUUAUUGAGUUAGGCAAAUUGUUUUUAUUGAACAAAUGUGAUAAAAAAUAUCUGUAUUGAUGGAAGCACUCGCACAGAAAAGGCUGCUAAAAGAAAAGCCAAGCAAAGGUCAGAGAGGGAAAGCUCUUUGGCCUUUUGCU